AGUCACGACUGGUGCGCGUAACGUGUAGAUGCCAUGAUCAGGUUCCUCCUCCUCCUCCUCCUCCUCCUCAUCUUCCUCCUCAUCUUUCACGUACACUAGAGUUUUCCUCUUCUACAUGCUAUGGCCAUGCAAUAAACAGAAAAUCUCCCUCCGUGCAGUGCGGUCUUCCCGCUCCCCUUUCCUCCACCUGGAGUAUUCGUGCAGCACCAUGCAGGCGGCAGCUGACAGCGACGCUCCUGUAAACAGUGGCAGCAGCAGCACCGCAGACGUCGACGACAGAGACGGAGCAGGAGAGAGGAUGGAGAGGACGGUGGCCAGCGAGCAGCAGGACAGGACCAACAGCCAGCAGCAGCAGACGUCCUCAACGCCGUCCGGUGUGCUCGAUAAGCUGUUUGGGAAGCGACUUCUCCAGGCCCGACACUACAUCAUGUCUCGGAAGUCUUGGUUAAAAAUGGUUCCCACUGAAAACUGUGAUAUACUGAUGACAUUCCCAGAAACAAUAGAUGACCACACUCUGCUGUGGCUCCUGAAUCAGAUUCGUGUUGGAAUCCCACAAGUCAGUAUUCAGGUUCGACAACAUAAACACACCCAGGCACACGCCUUCUUCAUCACGACAACAUUUGAGAACUUACUGCGAGGAGCCGAGCAGAUGGGCAUGCACAAGACCGUGAAACCACAGUUUGGUGGUGGGAUGCGGCGCUUUUCCUGUGAGGAGGACAACAUCUAUGAGAACAUCGAGAGCGAGCUUUGCUUUUUCACCUCACAGGAGCGUCAGAGCAUCAUUAAGUAUUGGCUGGACAACCUGCGAGCCAAACAUGGCGAUGUGCUUCACAACAUUCACUUCCUGGAGGGACAGCCAAUCAUUCCAGAGCUGGUCGCUCGGGGGGUGAUUCAUCAAAUGUUUCCUCUUCAUGAGCAGAGGAUACUCAACCAGCUGAUGACAUCCUGGGUCCAGGCUGUAUGUGAAAGACAGCCGCUUGAUGAUAUCUGUGACUACUUUGGAGUGAAGAUUGGCAUGUACUUUGCCUGGCUGGGUUUCUACACCAACUCCAUGCUUUACCCUGCCGUCAUUGGCUUUCUGCUCUGGAUACUUGCAGAGGCUGACCAGACCAGUCAGGAUAUCUGCUGUGUGGUUUUCGCCCUCUUCAACGUUGUGUGGGCAACUUUGUUUCUGGAGCGCUGGAAGAGGCGGGAAGCCGAGCUGUCCUACAGGUGGGGAACUCUGGAUACCCCUGCCGAGUCCCUGGAGGAGCCCAGGCCUCAGUUCAGGGGAGUGAAGCGCUGCAGUCCCAUAACGGGCUGUGAGGAGUUCUACUAUCCUCCCUGGAAGAGAGCUCUGUUCAGAUGGCUGGUCAGCCUGCCCAUCUGCCUCCUCUGUCUCUGCUUUGUCUUCCUCGCUAUGCUCCUCUGCUUGGAACUGCAGGAAGUAGUGAUGGAAAUUCAGGAGCUACCUGGUAUCACAAGAUUCAUUCCUAAGAUACUUCUGGCUAUUACAGUAACCGUGUGUGACGAGGUGUAUAAGAAGAUUGCCUACUGGCUCAAUGACAUGGAGAACUACAGACUUCAGAGUGCCUACGAGAAUAAUCUCAUCAUCAAGAUGGUUUUUUUUGAAUUCAUCAAUUCCUACCUUAGCCUUUUCUACAUUGGAUUCUACCUCAAGGACAUGGAGCGACUGAAGGAGAUGCUGGCUACUUUGCUGAUUUUCCGCCAGUUCCUACAGAACAUCAAAGAGGUCCUCCAGCCUUAUCUGUAUGAGCAAAACAAGCUGGGUGUCUUCACCCCAAAGGUGCUGUGGGAGCUGCUCCAAGCCAUCAUGCUCAAAUACGGUCGGCUGGCUCUGGGAAAGGCCCAGGCCUCCAUGACGUCUUACUCCUUUCUGGGUCCCAGAGGGAUCCCCGUCAGUCACGCUGCAAACAGCAACCCAGAGCCAAAGAGACGAGGGGACCUGAAAGCUGGAUUCAGGCUGACAGAGGAAGAGUGGGACAUGAAUGACAGUGCCUUGAAGCACCGUAAAGUCAGCUUCACCGAGAAGGUCGACUACCAAGACGUCAUGGCAGAAACGCAGGCCGUGGACGACAGCUUCCUGGAGGACAGUCCCACGCUGGUGGAAGAAGGGAUGGAUCCAUCCAGCAUUUUUGACAGUUGUGAUGAGGACAGUGAUUGUGAAUCGCUUUCUCAACAGGAGACCAAGGAGAAUGCCACUGUGUCCUCUCCAAAGGAAUCUGACUCUCUCUGUCAGAGAAGAAAGAAUGCUGGUGAGGGGAAAGACGACAAGAAGUCGUGGAUUGAUCCGCCAGAAGAACCCAAAGGCGUCACUCUAACACAGGCUGAGAUUGAGAGCUGUAUGCAGACAUAUGAGGACACGCUUCAGGACUACCAGGAGAUGUUCAUUCAGUUUGGCUACGUGGUGCUCUUCUCUUCUGCGUUUCCUCUGGCAGCCAUGUGCGCUCUCAUCAACAACAUCAUCGAGAUCCGCAGUGACGCCCUGAAGCUCUGCUCCGGCCUGCAGAGGCCCUUCGGUCAGAGGGUGGAGAGGAUCGGACAGUGGCAGACUGCAAUGGAAGCCAUGGGUCUGAUAGCCAUUAUAGUCAACUGUUACCUGAUUGGUCAGUGCGGGCAGCUUCAGCGUCUGUUCCCCUGGCUGAGUCCUGAGAUGACCAUCAUCUCCAUCGUCUUACUGGAGCACUUUGCAAUUCUCCUAAAGUACAUCAUCCAUGUUGCCAUCCCUGAUAUCCCUGGCUGGGUAGCAGAAGAGAUGGCCAAGCUAGAGUACCGACGAAGGGAAGCUUUCAAGAAACAUGAGCUACAGGCCCAACAGCACUUCCAGCAGCAGCUCAGGCGCCGGCGUGAAGAAGAGGAGCUCCAGCGUCAGGCUGAGCUGCAGGCCGAGGCCCGUCAGGAGAGCGACUACCACAAGGCAGAGCAGCACCAGCACCACCACGACAAAGCACAAGGGAACAAGCCAGGGGACAAACCCAAGAGACCCAGCUCUCUUCUGGGCAACAACAAUGUGAUGAAGCUAAAGCAGAUUAUUCCUCUCCAGGGGAAGUUCUCCUCCGGUACAUCACGCUCACCAGCACAGUCCCCAACAGGAGGUGAAGCAAAGCUCCCCGGAUUUCUGAAGUUCUUGAAGUCACCUGAGGUUAAAAAAGAGCCGGCAGUGGCAGUUGGAGCAACUCCGGGGUCAACAGUGAGCUCUUCAGGUCCCCCUAGUGGCCAGGAGAGGUCACAAUCCCCCAACAGGACGUUCAGUCCUGGGAAACUGUUCAGUUUUAGUAAGUCGGAGGGUACAGUAGUGUGUGCGAAUGGGACCCAGCUACCAACCCAGGCUGCUAACGCUCAGCCCAAUAGGGCUGAUUUAAACACACCAGAGGAAUUACCCUCCAAUGAGUCAGACAAAGGAGAAUCGAGACAAUUGACUGAUUUAGAAAACUCAAAGACUUAGUAAAUGACCAAUGUAAUAUUAUAAAUGGAGAGCAAUGUACAAAUGUUCAGAGACACUGAUGCACCUGCAGUGUAGGAGAACAUGUUAGUGACAAGGACCACAUGUAAGGUCAGCAAGCAUUAGACCUUCACUCUCGAUGCAACUUACUUCUCACCAAGCAUUACACUGUAUCUAUUAACACUUGAUUAUCUAGCUUCCAUGUAAAAUAUGUACAGUAAGCAUAACUCCCUGAAUGGAGCUUUACUAACCUUUACACCUUUACUAAAGGUUGAAAUCCUGCAUGACUGCCUGGUUUUUAACAGCACCAGAACAGAUUAUGUUGAUGUGAAGGAUCUUCUCGUUUUCAACAUUUCAGGAGCUGAUCACCAACGAGCCCUUUUGUCAAAGCACAUGAACAACAGCUUCCCAUUUUCCAGGUUUGUUUCCCAUUUUGAUGCCUGUAUUGAAUGCAUGUUGCAUCAUGUGCAUGCAUCACAUCCGUCAUGUCUUUUCAGUUUUGAAGCACUUUUAAAGCCAUUGUAUUCUUCCGCAAUAGGUCAGAUAUAUUCACUGUGACCAUGAAAAAUAUUCUAUUUUUCUUAACUUUGAUUUUCUAUGAAUUAUUUUACUACAUAAAUUAGUGAAUGUACUUCUAAGAUGCAAAAAAAAUCUCACUUGAACAAACAUCCAUCAAGAGAUAAUGCACUGGCUGAGUUAAUAAAUAUCACUAUAUGACA